AGACAGCGGCUCCCCGCCUCCUGUCUCCGUCCUCACAUCCCCGCCCCCUCUCACUGUCGAUUCUCCUACCCCGGCGCGCCCGCUAUAAUCACGUGAUUGCUUCAUCCGGGUCCUUUGGGUUCUCGCUCCCUCUCCCAACAUGGCGGCCUCAGCAAAAAAGAAGAAUAAGAAGGGGAAGACCAUCUCCCUAACAGACUUUCUCGCUGAGGAUGGAGGGACUGGUGGAGGAACCACCUAUGUCUCCAAACCAGUCAGCUGGGCUGAUGAAACGGAUGACCUGGAAGGAGAUGUUUCAACCACCUGGCACAGUAAUGAUGAUGAUGUGUAUAGGGCACCUCCAAUUGACCGUUCAAUCCUUCCCACUGAUCCACGGGCUGCUCGGGAACCCAAUAUUGAUCGGAGCCGUCUUCCCAAAUCACCACCCUACACUGCUUUUCUAGGGAACCUGCCCUAUGAAGUGACAGAAGAGUCUAUUAAGGAAUUCUUUAGAGGAUUAAAUAUCAGUGCAGUGCGUUUGCCACGUGAACCCAGCAAUCCCGACAGAUUGAAAGGUUUUGGUUAUGCAGAGUUUGAGGACCUAGAAUCCCUGCUCAGUGCCCUGAGUCUCAAUGAAGAGUCUCUAGGUAACAGAAGAAUUCGAGUGGAUGUUGCUGAUCAAGCUCAGGAUAAAGACAGGGAUGAUCGUUCUUUUGGGCGAGAUAGAAAUCGAGAUUCUGACAAAACAGACACAGACUGGAGGGCCCGUCCUGCCACAGACAGCUUUGAUGACUAUCCGCCGAGAAGAGGUGAUGAUAGCUUUGGAGACAAGUAUCGAGAUCGCUAUGAUUCAGACCGGUACCGUGAUGGCUAUCGGGAUCGGGAUGGGUAUCGUGAUGGCCCACGCCGGGAUAUGGAUCGAUACGGAGGCCGAGAUCGCUAUGAUGACCGAGGCAGCAGAGACUAUGAUAGAGGGUAUGAUUCCAGAAUAGGCAGUGGCAGAAGAGCCUUUGGUAGUGGUUACCGUAGAGAUGACGAUUACAGAGGAGGAGGAGACCCAUACGAAGAUCGCUAUGACAGACGAGAUGAUCGACCCUGGGGCUCUAGAGAUGAUUAUGCCCGGGAUGAUUACAGGCGUGAUGACAGAGGUCCCCCCCAAAGACCCAAACUGAACCUAAAGCCUCGGAGUGCUCCUAAAGAAGAUGAUUCCUCUGCUAGCACCUCCCAGUCCAGUCGAGCGCAUCCAAGCUGGCGAAGUGAAGAAACUCAGGAACGGGAAAGGUCAAGGACAGGAAGUGAAUCAUCACAGAGUGGGACCGCGGCCCCAUCUGGCAGAAAUGCCCGAAGGAGAGAGAGUGAGAAGUCUCUAGAAAAUGAAAUGCUCAAUAAGGAGGAAGACUGUCACUCUCCAACUUCUAAGCCUCCCAAACCUGAUCAGCCUCUAAAGGUAAUGCCAGCCCCUCCACCAAAGGAGAAUGCGUGGGUGAAGCGAAGUUCUAACCCUCCUGCCCGAUCUCAGAGCUCAGACACAGAGCACCAGUCCCCUACAAGUGGUGGGGGGAAGCUAGCUCCAGCUCAGCCUGCUGAGGAGGGGCCAGCAAGAAAAGAUGAAAAUAAUGGGGUGAGUAGCCAGAAAGGCCAAACUGGGAACCCCAGCCGUGGUCCAGGAGAUGGGGGGAACAAAGACCAUUGGAAGGAGUCAGAUAGGAAAGAUGGCAAAAAGGAUCAAGACUCUAGAUCUGCACCUGAGCCAAAGAAACCCGAGGAAAAUCCAGCCUCUAAGUUCAGUUCUGCAAGCAAGUACGCUGCUCUCUCCAUGGAUGGUGAAGAUGAAAACGAGGGAGAAGACUACACUGAAUAGACCUCUACAUCCUGUGCUUUCUCCUAGUCUUUCUCCACCCUGGAACAUUCGAGAGCAAAUCAAACCUCUAUUCAGUCAAGGCAAAAUAAAACUCACCAUCUCCUGGAGACCUUUCUUAACUUUUUUUUUUAAAGAAAUGAAAUUCUUUUGCAUGCUGCUGCAGCCUUUUAAAGUAUUGAAAUUACCGGAGAAUCACCAGUAUAGCCAGAGAGACAGAAACUACAGCUUUUUAAUGGAAAAGUUGUGUGUUCUUAGGAUACCAUGCAGUUGCCUGUGGGAUUAGUGCCUGGGGCCUCCACUGAGCAGAAAUGGUAAUGACAGCAAUACAAUACAAUGUCUGGAGUGGUUAAGCAGUAGGGGAGAGAUGAGGAACAGUGAGAUUUCUACCUUUUCUUACCGUGUUGUGACAUACAUGAAUUCUCAAGCAUUAUCUGAAUAAAUUUUCCAUCCUUGGAAAGGUA